CUCAAAAUGACCAAAAAACCCCAGUUCUUUUAACAAAGCGGGCGGGAGGGGGUGGAGACAGUGGGAAGGAACUGUAAGGGUGAGGGUGACGUGGCGGGCUGCAUGCCUGGGGUGAAGGUUGCACAGCCGCCGCUAAAGCCUCCAUGAUCCUGCUAGUCCCCGCGCUCAAUUUUUUGCUCUUUGCCCUCAGACUUACCUCGGCCUUCCGCCUGGCCCUGUAGCCAGCCCUUCGUCUGCCUUUCCGCCCUCACCAGGGCCAGCCAAUCAUAGAUGCUUCAGAAUGUCCGGAUGCUGCUCCCACCAAUCACGGCUGAGACUCGCCACCAAAGAGCUGCGCCUUUUCAGCAGAAUGACCAGUCGCAACGUACGGUGGGCAGGCUCCGGACCGCAGCCAAUGCGCAUGCGUGUUUCAGGCAGCCAAUGGGAAGGGGCGCGUCGGCAAGAGACCCGCUGCUGCUCCCUGCUGUGGUGGGGCGGGGUCCGGGGUUCGAGCUGGUGAUCCCCGGGUCUGGGGAUCUACACAUUAAAAAAAAAUAAGAAAAUAAAGUAAAUAAGGUCAAAAGUGAUGGGGAAGACCCGACACUGUCCUCUGGCCUCCACAAAUGUGCACACAGGGAUUGAACUCAGAUCAUCAUGCUUGGCUACAAGCACCUGUAUCCAUUGAGCCAUCUUGCUGACUCCAUAAUGAAUGAAUUUUUUUGGUCUGUACUUACCCAGUACCAUGAAGAACCAGGUGGGAACAUCUUUCCACAGUCUCAGUAUGUCUGUUCUACUUACGGAAGUGGUGGACCAGAGAGGUUAAGUGCACUGCCUGAGGUCACACAGGAACUUCUAAAACACGCUGUCAGUGAGCUGUGAGAAGCAUGCCUCUGUGUCAUCGGGGAGCUGAGGCAAAAGCCAGGAAGGCAGUUGGUGAAGAAGCUCAACCCAUGGUCACUACAGGAGGCCUCACAGUGCUGCUGCACUGGGCUGGCCCAGAGGGUCGAGAACCCUGGGUCACCUUCAGCCAGACAUCUCUGACUGUGGAGGACAUCUGUAUCCAGAUCGCACACAAAGUGGGAAUCACUCCUCCCUGCCUCAAUCUCUUCGCCCUCUACGAUGCCCAGGCUCAGGUCUGGCUGCCACCAAACCAUGUCCUGGACACAUCCCAAAGUACAAACCUGACGCUGUAUUUUCGUAUGAGGUUCUACUUCCGGAACUGGCAUGGCAUGAAUCCCCAGGAGCCGGCUGUAUACCGCUGUGGUUUCCCAGGGGCAGAGACUUCCUCAGACCGGACAGACCAGGGGGUCCAGCUCCUGGACUCUGCCUCAUUUGAGUAUCUCUUUGAGCAGGGUAAGCACGAGUUUGUGAAUGACGUGAUUUCCCUCCGGGAUCUGUCAAGCGAGGAAGAGAUCCACUAUUUUAAGAACGAGAGUCUAGGCAUGGCCUUUCUGCACCUCUGCCACCUUGCUCUCAGCCGUGAAGUCUCCCUGCAGGAGGUGGCCAGAGAGAUCAGCUUCAAGGACUGCAUCCCUCGCUCCUUCCGCCAGCAGAUCUGUCAACACAAUGCUCUCACACGUCUGCGCCUUCGCAGAGUCUUCCGCCGCUUCCUGCGGGCCUUCAGGCCUGGCCACCUUUCCCAGCAGGUCGUGAUGGUCAAAUACCUGGCCACCCUGGAGCGCCUGGCACCUCGAUUCGGUUCAGAGCUCCUUCCUGUGUAUCACCUGGAGAUACUGGCCCAGGCUGAGAGGGACCCCUGCUACUUCCAGAAUAGUGGACCAGUCCCUGGGGACCUGGGCCCAGAGGUGACCACUGGGCCUCCCACUCACGAGGUACUGGUGACGGGAACCGGAGGAAUCCAGUGGCGGCUGGUACAGACCCAGGCGUCUGAGAGUGAUGGUGGCAGGGUUCCCCAAACCAGCUCAUCUGGGAAGAAAGCCAAGGCCCUCAGUGCUGGGGAGAAUGCAGUGGAGAAGCCACAGAAACCGGCCUGGUCCUACUUCUGUGACUUCCAGGACAUCUCCCACAUGGUGCUGAAGGAUCAGCGUGUCCGUGUACACAGGCAGGACAACAAGUGCCUGGAGCUGACCCUGCCUUCCAGGGCUGCGGCCCUGUCCUUUGUCGCCCUGGUGGAUGGCUACUUCCGCUUGACCGCAGACUCCAGCCACUACCUGUGCCAUGAGGUGGCACCCCCGCGGCUGGUGCUGAGCAUCCGGGACGGCAUCCAUGGGCCACUGCUGGACUCAUUUGUGCAGGCCAAGUUGCGGCCGGAGGAUGGUCUCUUCCUCAUCCACUGGAGCACCAGUCACCUGCAUCGGCUGAUUCUCACAGUGGCCCAGCAUGACCCGGCACAAGGCAGUGGCCCUCAGAGCCUCCGCCUCCGCAAGUUUCCCAUUGCUCAGCAGCCUGGGGCAUUUGUCCUGGAAGGCUGGGAUCGCUCCUUUGCCAGCGUGGGGGACCUCAGGGUGGCUUUGCAGGGCUGUUCUCUGCGGGCUGGAGAUGACUGCUUCCCUCUGCGACACUGCUGUCUGCCCCAGCCGGGAGAACUGUCCAACCUCCUGAUCAUGAGGGGGUCUCGCGCCCAUACCAGGCCACUCAACCUCAGCCAGCUCAGCUUCCACAGGAUUCGUCAAGAUGAAAUCACGCAACUAUCCCACUUGGGCCAGGGUACAAGAACCAAUGUAUAUGAGGGCCUUCUGCGAGUAGGGGGCCCUGAGGAAGGCAAAGUGGACAGUGGGUAUCCCCCUGAACCUGGUGGGGGCAGCGGGCAGGAGCUCCGUGUGGUGCUUAAAGUCCUCGACCCCAGUCACCAUGACAUCGCAUUGGCCUUCUACGAGACAGCUAGCCUCAUGAGCCAGGUGUCUCACAUGCACCUGGCUUUCCUGCAUGGUGUUUGUGUGCGUGGUUCAGAGAACAUCAUCGUAACUGAGUUUGUAGAACAUGGUCCCUUGGAUGUGUGGCUGCGACGACAAAGGGGCCAGGUGCCCAUGACCUGGAAGGUGGCUGUGGCUCAACAGCUUGCCAGUGCCCUCAGUUACCUGGAGGACAAGAAACUGGUUCACGGGAAUGUGUGUGGCCGGAAUAUCCUGCUGGCCCGGCUGGGGGUGGAGGAGGACACCAGCCCCUUCAUCAAGCUCAGCGACCCAGGCGUGGGCUUAGGUGCCCUUUCCAGGGAAGAGCAGGUGGAACGCAUCCCCUGGACAGCUCCCGAGUGCCUAACUGGAGAGGCCGGUAGUUUGAGCACCGCUGCCGACAAAUGGGGUUUUGGUGCCACCCUCCUCGAGAUCUGCUUCGAUGGGGAGGCACCACUCCAGGGCCGUAGCCCCUCCGAGAAGGAGCGAUUCUAUCUGAAGCAGCACCAUCUGCCUGAUCCCUCGUGUCCAGAGAUGGCCACGCUCACCAGCCAGUGUCUAACCUAUGAGCCAGCCCAGCGGCCGUCAUUCCGUACCAUCCUGCGUGACCUCACUCGGCUACAACCGCAGAACCUGGUGGAUGUCUCAGCUGUAAAUGCAGACUCACCGGCCUCUGAUCCCACAGUUUUCCACAAGCGUUAUUUGAAAAAAAUCCGGGACCUAGGAGAGGGUCACUUUGGCAAGGUCAGCCUGUACUGUUAUGACCCAGCCAAUGAUGGCACCGGGGAGAUGGUGGCUGUAAAAGCCCUUAAAGACGGAUCUGGCCCCCAGCUCCGCUCAGGCUGGUGGAGGGAGAUUGAAAUCCUACGGACUCUGUACCACGAACACAUUGUCAAGUACAAAGGCUGCUGUGAGGACCAAGGGGAGAAGUCUGUGCAGCUGGUCAUGGAAUACGUCCCUCUGGGCAGCCUCCGUGACUAUCUACCCCGCCACAGCGUGGGGUUGGCACAGCUCUUGCUCUUCGCCCAGCAGAUCUGUGAGCCCUGCCCCCAGGGCAUGGCCUACCUGCAUUCCCAGCGCUACAUCCAUCGAGACCUAGCUGCGCGCAAUGUGCUGCUGGACCACAACACGCUGGUCAAGAUCGGAGACUUUGGCCUGGCCAAGGCAGUGCCUGAAGGCCAUGAAUACUACCGCGUGCGCGAGGACGGCGACAGCCCGGUGUUCUGGUAUGCACCCGAGUGCCUGAAGGAAUGUAAAUUUUACUAUGCAUCUGAUGUCUGGUCUUUUGGGGUGACCCUGUAUGAGCUGCUGACAAACUGUGACUCCAGCCAGAGCCCCCCGACGAAAUUCAUCGAACUCAUCGGCCUCACCCAGGGCCAGAUGACAGUGCUGAGGCUCACAGAGCUUCUGGAACGAGGAGAGAGGCUACCACGGCCAGACAGAUGUCCCUGCGAGAUCUAUCUUCUCAUGAAAAACUGCUGGGAAUCAGAGGCCUCAUUCCGCCCCACCUUCCAGAACCUCAUCCCUAUCCUGAAGACAGCCCAGGAGAAGUACCAAGGCCAGGCCCCUUCUGUGUUCAGUGUGUGCUGAAGUGCAGUGGCCCUGGGGGAUGUGCCCACAGAACAUUCCAGUGCACACCCUUCACCUUACUCCUGUCUGGAGACCUCAUCUCUAUCAACUUUCCUUCUUUCACUUUGACCUUGGGGAACCCUGAGUGGGCAAGGAGCCUUGAGUCCUUGGUUUUGAGUUCCUUACCAUCCUGUAUAAGAUGGCAGGGCUGGGGUCUGCAUAUAAAAUGAGGAUUCAAAGGAAACUUUCAGUGAUACUUCUGAUUGCCCCUAGACCAGCAGCCAAACUCAGUGGAAGAACACAUGCUUAGCAUUUGAGAGAUCCUGG